AUGCAAUUCACCACUGCUGCACUGACUGUUUUCGCCGCUGUUGCCGGAGUCGUCUCCGCCCAGCCUCCACCACCUCCACCCCCACCAACGCACAACCUUGAUGGCCCAUUCGCUCUUCAGCUCAGGGGUCCUCAUGUCAACUGGAACGAUAAGUUUCUCUCGCAUGUCCCGGUUGGUGGCACCGCCAACUUGGUGAUCCCCGAAAAUAACUCCGUCAACUUCUACCUUAAUACUACUGAUAAGACUCUUGUCUAUAUCGCACCACGCCCAAGACCCGGCCCACCUGGUGGUUUCCGGGAGCAAUACCCCUUCGUUGUUGUUCACAACUUGGUCUCUAACGUUGGCGGCAUCUAUAUUGCCGACGAUUCUGUUCAGGGUACCUCUGGCUGGUCUUUCAGCCAACAGGGUAUCUUGGAACUCGCUGGAUUCAGCAACCGAUUCCACAUUUGCACACACCAAACCCCUGCUGGCCCGAGGUCUGGUCUCGCAUGGCAAUACGGUGCUGGCAGAUUCGAUGUUCCAGAUUGCUCUCCCGUUGCUAUUCGACGUGUCAAUGUUCCACGAGGGUUUGGAGGUCCAGGUGGCCCACGGGGUAGGCCUCAGAUAUAA